GUGUUAGAUAAAUGCCCGCCAUCAAACAAAAGCUGUCUGCUCAUUUGUAAUUAUAGAGGAUCCGAGCGAAACUCUCACAUUAUUCAUGUCUUUGGUGCGUCUUUGCGUAAACAGCCAUGUAGGCGUGAUGGUGCAUGCAUCGAGCACUGGUUUUGGUGUGUGUGUGUGUGUGCGCGCACGUAUGUGUGUUGUAAGGCUUUAGGGACUCCCUUCCCAUCCGCACCUUGCUCAGAUUAUCUUGGACUGACAGAUCUACGGAGACAGCCCUGGUCAGACCACCGGAUCGGCAGGCUUUCAAUAUGCUCUCGCCACUACGUGCUGUGUCUCAGUCCUUCGGAGCACCUGGCUCAUCGCUCGGUUUAAUUUUAACGCGCUCAGUCCUCUCUUUUCCUCUGCUUUGCUCUGCGCGUCAAGCUGGCAGCCCAGCGGGUCAUUGGGGACAAUUCGGUGACCAGCUGAUAACUGAGCCCGUCCCCGCGCACAAAGUAAUGGAUUGUAAUUUUACUUGAAAAAAAAUGGAGAACCCAGCCAAGUAUCUCUCUUCGGUGCAGGGGACUGAUUCUGUGCCGGCACCCCUCGGAGAGAUCAUGUGGAACAGGACCGAAACGGAGACGACAAGCGACGGGAGAAAGGAUAUGGUGGGGCGCACGGUGACGGGAUGCCUCCUGUCCCUGCUUAUUCUGUGGACACUGCUGGGGAACAUCUUGGUCUGCUCCGCGGUGCUGCGCUUUCGGCACCUGCGGACCAAAGUAACCAACAUUUUUAUCGUCUCCCUGGCGCUGUCGGAUUUAUUCGUGGCUGUGCUGGUCAUGCCAUGGAAAGCUGUGGCUGAGGUGGCGGGAUACUGGCCGUUUGGCACUUUUUGUAACGUCUGGGUUGCUUUUGACAUCAUGUGUUCCACUGCCUCCAUCCUCAACCUCUGCAUCAUCAGCGUGGACAGAUACUGGGCCAUCUCCAGCCCCUUUCGCUAUGAGAGGAAAAUGACCCAGCGAGUUGCCUUUGUUAUGAUCAGCAUCACUUGGACGUUGUCUCUGCUCAUUUCAUUCAUACCGGUCCAGCUAAACUGGCACAAAGCCACCGCCGACGAAAUGGCCGUGGCGCACAACUCCUCCAAAAGUCGUCAGAUAGAAGAAAACUGUGACUCCAGCCUGAGCAGAGAGUACGCUAUAUCCUCCUCUUUAAUAAGCUUCUACAUCCCCGUGGCAAUUAUGAUUGUAACAUACACCAGGAUAUAUCGGAUUGCUCAAAUUCAGAUCAGAAGGAUAGCCUCCCUGGAAAGAGCGGCGGAGCACGCGCAAAGUUGCAGGAGCAAGAGAAUAGAGUGCCAACACCACAACACCUUGAAAACGUCAAUUAAACGGGAAACCAAAGUGUUCAAAACCCUGUCGGUGAUCAUGGGGGUCUUUGUGUGUUGCUGGUUACCUUUCUUCGUUCUGAACUGCAUGGUGCCGUUCUGCGACAGGCCCGUCACGGACCGGGAAGCGGGCCUGCCGUGCGUCAGCGAGACCACGUUUGACGUGUUCGUGUGGUUCGGCUGGGCCAACUCCUCCCUGAAUCCCAUAAUUUACGCCUUCAACGCUGAGUUCAGGAAGGCCUUCGCAAGCCUUUUGGGCUGCCGCUACUUCUGCUCCAACACACCUGUGGAGACGGUCAACAUCAGCAACGAGCUGGUCUCCUACAACCAGGACACCCUCAUCCACAAGGAAAUUGUGAACGCAUAUGUCAACAUGAUCCCCAACGUGGUUGAAUGUAUCGAGCAUGAAGAGACUUUUGACAGGAUCUCACAGUUUUCUCACAACAACGAGAAUGGCACUGACUCGGUUUGUGACCUGGAGGACUGCGAGGCAGACAUCAGCUUGGACAGGAUGUCACCGUUCACACCUAACGGAUUACACUGACUCGGGGUCACUCUGAGCGUGACUGGAUGUAUUGAUUAAAUGUCAUCGGCCAUUCAUCUCCUCUCCGCUGGGGGUUCCCACGGAGCAGCUUCCUUUACCUAAUGACCUUCUGAUGGACACACCAAGAGGACGCAUGUCUCUGCAGCCACACACCCCUCCCCUCCUGCCACGGCGUUGCAUCAUAUAUGAAAAGUGAUGUUGUCCUGUUCUGAUAAACAGUUAUGUGUAGGUGUUUAUUUACAUGACAAGUGGCAUCUGUGUUCCUUCAAGAUUCAGUGUUGCUGAAGCUGUGGUUUACUCAUUUUGGAGCAUCAGUGUCUCAUUUCCGUCCACCUGCAGGAAACUUAACGCUGCUGAAUAAACUCAUGUGUGUCAGUGCCCACCCUUCCAUUGAUGGUGAUGAUGAGGAUGAGGGCAGCCUUACAGACAGUGCAACUAGUCAAAUGCAGUCAUUUCAGCGCCUUAUAGCUAUAAAAAAGAAAGAAAGAAGAGAUUUGAGACAUGCAAAGAAUGUGUCCCAUGGAGUUUAGGUUACAUGAUGCCAAAAUGCAUUAUUGAAGUGUUUCACCACAGCAACAACCCCAGCGACUCCUUUUAGCACACUCGCCUGCUCCAAGUGGACUACUGUGUAGUUUUAUUCAAAAGUAAAAGCCAGCAGGCUUAAAGCACAAAAUCUAAUGUGAUGACAAAGUCAGAAUGGGUGAACUGGCAUCUUUAAAUAAACAUAAAAUGUGAACAAAAACAGCAGAGACAUUUGAACACUUCAUAACUGUUACAGCUUUUUUUAUGAUGUUUGAUUUCACAUCGAGGCCAAAACUUCUGCUAAGGUUCAGCUUCGUCAGCCUGAUUCAAUUGACCAAAGACUUUAUAAGGAGUGGAUCUCAGAAGUGUUUUUGUCUCUCUCUCUCACACACACACACACACACACACACACACACACACACACACACACACACACACACACACACACACACACACACACACACACACACACACACACACACACACACACACACACACACACACACGAGACCAAUUGGGCCAACACAACUGGAUGUCAUAUCACCUCUUCCGCAUCUUUGUACUGUGCAGAUGACUUGAUCUGAAUGUAAUUCUAUCCUUUAAAUGGUGAACCGUGUCAUCAUUUGUCUAAUAAAAUGCUUUCAUGCAGA